AUGGACGUUUCGUCGGCAACCGCAUCGAACGCAGCUGGUUCGACGCCGGGGAUCCUUAUCAAUAACGAAAUGUCAGCAUCGUCGUCGUCGCAGCAGGUGGCCAAUUCGGCGAGUGCAUCCAACAUGGCAAAACUUAGACGAGAAUCGAUUGCACACUCGCAAGGAAUGGGAGGAGUCUCGUGGGGGUCGCUCACCAUCGGGUCCUGGUUGCGCGAUGAAGUGAUGAUCCACGCACAUAUGUCGCAAGCAGCUCUUUCAGGGUCGACCGGAAUACCGCAGCAUACCUACAGCGGGAACGCUAGUGGGUCUUCCGCAGCAGGAAACCUGGCUGGUGGGGCCUCCCUCUCGCCACCGGGUGCAGCGUCGGCGUAUCUGCCAAACCUCGAAAAACAGUACUGCAAGGACUAUUCGUGCUGUGGUCUACUACUACCGGGUCUCCACGACCUGUUAAGACACUACGAGGAGGCCCACAUCUCUACCUCGCCAGGGACCAUCAACACGCACGCAUCGGCAGUGGCUAAUAUUCCGACUAAUGCAGGACUUUCAGGUGCGAUGCCAGGCGCAACUGGUAUCAACUCCGCGCAAAUGGCCAACAACAACGCUUUGAAAAAGCAGCGAAUGACUGCCAUGUACCAACAACAGCUCCAACAGCAGCAACAGCAGCAGCGCCAAUAUCCACAGCAACAACAGUACCAUCAGCGACAGUCUCUGCAAGAAUCUCAGGUGCCUCACGGUCAUCAUCAGCAACAACAACAGCAGCAGCAACAAAACCUUCAUCAGUCGUCCCAAAGUCAACGACAACAGCAAGCUGGAAAUCAGCAAGGACUUCCGCAUCAACAACAGCAUCAGAGCAUCCAAUACCAGCAGUUUGCGAAGCAACAACAACAGCAGCAAGCGCACCAACAACAACCGCAGCAGCAGCAACAGCCGCAGCAACAACACAACAGUCAUUUACAACAGCAAAUGCAAAAUCAGAUCUUCAAUCAUGCCAUGCAACAACAACUGCACGGCGGACCGCACAACUCGAAUUCGAACACGACCAGCAACAUUCAGCAGCUGCAUCUAAAUGGCAACUUAGUGGACGCUGUAUCCACCAACGAUGUUUUCUUGCAGACCGGCGCUGGGCAAAGCGGGAAAAGAGCAGGGCCCAUGGCUCAUGCAGCGGUUUCCGGCACCGGGUUUAAUGGUGCCACAGGCAACAGCAACAACAAUAAUAAGAUGCAGGCUGGGUUUAACAACUACUCGUUGAAUAUGCAACCGCUCGCGAAGCAGGGUUUGGAAGCUUCAGUAAUGCAGCAAUUUCAACCCCAGCAGCAACAGCAGCAACAACAGCAGCAAGCCCAGGGCCAACAGCAUUCUCAACAGGCAGGACUGCAACAGCAACAGCUACAGCAGCGGCAACACGCUCUUCUCCAACAGCAGCAACAGCAUCAACAGCAGCAAAUGCUUCACCAGCAACAACAGCACCAGCAACGAGUUAUGGGUAACGCUUCUAAUGCUGCUCUGAAUAGACAGCGAUUCCCAUCGCAGGUGGGCAGCGUAGGCGCCGGCAUCGAUCUGGAUUUCAUGGACGCAGAUAUUGUCGAUGACCUGCACGAUGGUUCUGCCAUCAUGGGCUCGGCUCCGCCCUUACCCGCAGACUUAGCGAAGGCGUGGAAGCAGGUUGACACCGGCAACGCAGCAUCCAAGAUGUCUCCGAAGAUUGGCAAUGGUGCGGAUUCCGAAGACAGUAGCAUGAGCGACGACGAUGAAGAAGAGGGUGUAGCAGUGGCCACCAUGCCCACCACCGCUGUAAACAAACGCAAACAGCAACCCGGGUUUAUAGACGAUCCGGCGCGCAGGCUCUACGUCAUGGACCAUGAGGAACACAAGCCUUUCAAAUGCCCGGUUAUUGGAUGCGAUAAGACUUACAAAAACCAGAAUGGCCUCAAAUACCACAAGCUCCACGGCCACCAGAACCAGAAGCUCCACGAAAACCCAGAUGGCACUUUCAGCAUCAUCGACCCUGAGAGUAACGAGCCAUACCCGGACGGCCUGGGGCUCGAAAAAGACAAGCCUUACCGCUGCGAGGUGUGCGGCAAAAGGUACAAGAACUUGAAUGGUCUGAAGUAUCACAGGGGACAUUCCACACAUUGA